ACACUUCCUGCUGCGAAAGACCCACAUGCUACAAGACGGGCAAAAUAAAGUGACAGAUGACCACCCUGCAGCUCUCCAGCUUCCUCUCUGAAAUUCCAGUCCCAAAAUCCAGUUUCCUGGCCGCCUCCUGGCUCAGGUCAGGAUCUGGCAGAGGAGGUUUCUCGGCCGGUUAUGUUGGGGCCUGCUCAAGGGCGGGGGUGAGAAAGGUCCCCAGGCUACUGUGGAUCCUGUGUCUGACUUCAGAUCCCCUUUUCCCACAGUUAUAGCUCCACUUUUUGGGGACAGGUGGGGAGCAAAAGGGUGCAGAGGUCAGGUCUCGAAAUCACCAGGGGAUUUCCGGGUGAGGUGGGUGGUGAGAAAGGAAACAGCAAGCAGGGCUCUGGCAGCUGCUGCAGACGGCUUCACACAGGGACGCGGGCUGCCAUCUUGCUCUAAGUGAAAGUGAAAGAAAAGUCGGCAGCAGAGGGAACAGGGAAGAAACCUAAAGGCCGCAGGCUGCCAGGUGUGCUUGGAGAGCCCCCUUCUUCCGCCCGGCCUCGCAAGCAGCGUAGGACUGUGGAGAAGGGCGGUGGGCAAGGAGGGAACUCGAGAGCAGCCUCCAUGGGCACACAGGAGGGCUGGUGCCUGCUGCUCUGCCUGGCUCUAUCUGGAGCAGCAGAAACCAGUGAGUCUGGGAGUCGGGGAGAGCUGGCUGGGAGAAGAGCUACUGAAGCCCCAGGGUGCCACCCUCCCCGAGAUUCCAGAAGAGCAAAGGGGCCGGGGAUGACCCAAUCGCCUUCUAAGCCCAACAGGGGAAAGGCUCAGCGGCUGGCAAAGGAAGGAACCAAUAGUGUGUGUGGAGGGAGGGUGGGGACUCCACAGGGAAAAUGCUAAAGAGGGGCUGCCUCUGUGGCUGUGGUCAGGAGCCACUGUCCUACAGAGAGGGCACUGGCCUGGGAGCUGACACUUCAGAAGAGGAAAGGACUCCCCAGAGCCCCACCCAGCAGAGGGGCAGUGGCGGGCAGUGGACGUGGUCCUAGACUGCUUCCUGGCGAAGGACAGUGCGCACCGUGGAGCUCUCGCCAGCAGUGAGGACAGGGCAAGGGCCUCCCUUGUGCUGAAGCAGGUGCCAGUGCUGGACGAUGGCUCCCUGGAGGACUUCACCGAUUUCCAAGGGGGCACGCUGGCCCAAGAUGACCCACCUAUUAUCUUCGAGGCCUCAGUGGACCUGGUCCAGAUUCCCCAGGCCGAGGCCUUGCUCCAUGCUGACUGCAGUGGGAAGGAGGUGACCUGUGAGAUCUCCCGUUACUUUCUCCAGAUGACAGAGACCACUGUUAAGACAGCAGCUUGGUUCAUGGCCAACGUGCAGGUCUCUGGAGGGGGACCUAGCAUCUCCUUGGUGAUGAAGACUCCCAGGGUCGCCAAGAAUGAGGCUCUCUGGCACCCGACGCUGAACUUGCCCCUGAGCCCCCAGGGGACUGUGCGAACUGCAGUGGAGUUCCAGGUGAUGACACAGACCCAAUCCCUGAGCUUCCUGCUGGGGUCCUCAGCCUCCUUGGACUGUGGCUUCUCCAUGGCACCGGGCUUGGACCUCAUCAGUGUGGAGUGGCGACUGCAGCACAAGGGCAGGGGUCAGCUGGUGUACAGCUGGACAGCAGGGCAGGGGCAGGCUGUGCGGAAGGGCGCUAUCCUGGAGCCUGCGCAACUGGGCAUGGCCAGGGAUGCCUCCCUCACCUUGCCCGGCCUCACUAUACAGGACGAGGGGACCUACAUUUGCCAGAUCACCACCUCUCUGUACCGAGCUCAGCAGAUCAUCCAGCUCAACAUCCAAGCUUCCCCUAAAGUACGACUGAGCUUGGCAAACGAAGCUCUGCUGCCCACCCUCAUCUGCGACAUUGCUGGCUAUUACCCUCUGGAUGUGGUGGUGACAUGGACCCGAGAGGAGCUGGGUGGAUCCCCAGCCCAAGUCUCUGGUGCCUCCUUCUCCAGCCUCAGGCAAAGCGUGGCAGGCACCUACAGCAUCUCCUCCUCUCUCACCGCAGAACCUGGCUCUGCAGGUGCCACUUACACCUGCCAGGUCACACACAUCUCUCUGGAGGAGCCCCUUGGGGCCAGCACCCAGGUUGUCCCACCAGAGCGGAGAACAGCCUUGGGAGUCAUCUUUGCCAGCAGUCUCUUCCUUCUUGCACUGAUGUUCCUGGGGCUUCAGAGACGGCAAGCACCUACAGGACUUGGGCUGCUUCAGGCUGAACGCUGGGAAACCACUUCCUGUGCUGACACACAGAGCUCCCAUCUCCAUGAAGACCGCACAGCGCGUGUAAGCCAGCCCAGCUUACACGCUAAAGUGACGUGAGACUACUAGAAAGAAACGACACCCUUCCCCCCAAGCCCCCCCCAGCUACUCCAACCCAAACAACAACCAAGCCAGUUUAAUGGUAGGAAUUUGUAUUUUUUGCCUUUGUUCAGAAUACAUGACAUUGGUAAAUAUGCCACA